AUGACUGCAUUGCAAGGUCCAUAUAGUGCCUAUCGAGGCAGUAUACCUAUGUAUCCAUGGUCACCUACUUCUUUCUUGAUUAAUGGACAUGGUAAAUUUGAUUGUCGUACGUUAAAUUGUUCUGAAAAACGUACUUGGCAAGAUUCUUGUGGUGUUACACAUCCUAUUCAAUGUUUACCACUUCGAUCACCCUUUUUUGGUCCUUAUAAUCCUAAUGCACAUUCUAUUGACGAAUUUUUGUGUUUACACGGAAAACAAAUACGUUUAAGAUUAAUCAAUGCUGUUAGUGGUAUUCCAUUUCGUUUUUGGAUUGAUCAACAUAAUCUUAUCAUUGUCGCUAGAGAUAGUAUUGAGAUCGUGCCCAUUACUGUUCCUUUUGUGCAUAUUACUAUUGAACAACGACUUGAUUUAACUAUUGAUUGUAAUCAAGAUCCGAUUGCAAAAUAUACGAUAUUUGCAGCUAGUCGAAAUAGCUAUCGACCUUUGGAAAAUACUACUGGACAGACAUCGGCUAUUUGGACAUGGGCAUUACUUGUUUAUUCAAAAUUUCAAGUUAAUAAACGUACAGGUCGUUUAACAGAAGUUCUGCGUCUGAGUCCGGAUAAUUCAUUUUUCGAAUAUGAAUUUCUAAAAUCAUUUAAACCUCGUUUUGCUCCAGCUGCCGUUCGUCGUGUUACACUUGCAUUCGAAACUGUUUGGAAUAAUCAUACUGCUAUUGAUGCUUUAGAAGAAUAG